GAGGGCAACGUGGAGUUCAAGGCGCAGUCCAUUUCGACCGCUCGGCAGAGGUACGAGCAGGCUCUCGAGCUUCUCGAUCUUCGCAAGCUGGGCGACGGCGAGGACAACCUGCGCGCGCGUGCGGGCGCUCUCCGCACACCAGUACUGCUGAACCUUGCGUUGUGUUGCUUGAAGGCCGAGCCGGCGGAGGCGCACAGGGCCCUGGAGUGCUGCGAGGAGGCCCUGGAUCUGGAGCCGCAGAACCCGAAGGCCAUGUACCGCAAGGCCAAAGCCCUGAUCGAGCUAGAGGAGUUUCGGGAGGCGGAGUGGGAGCUGGCGCGAGCCUGCAGGCUGGUCCCCAAGGAUGCCGCCAUGAGGCGGGACCUGGAACAGCUGCGCCAGCGCCAGCGGGACAGCAAGGCAAGGGAGAAGGCCACCUUCGAGGGCAUCUUCGAGCGCGGCCAGGGCUUCGCCUCGGAUAACCGCCCGGCCGGCGGCAGCUCCAGGCCGGCGGUGUCCGACAAGGACGUGAAGGACCUCUAUUUCCACGAUGGAGAGGGCGAGAACCCCUACGAGGGGUCGCUGAACCCGCGGCGGGACGCGCUGGAGGCGCAGGCCCGAGCGCGGUGGGUCGACCACCUCGCCCGCGUCACCCCUUGGUGGCUCCCGGACCUCUGGAAUCCUGCCAGAGGCAAGCAACCGUGGUUCCUCUAUUGUAGGGAAGCCGCCCUCUGUGCUCUCCAAACGGCCGCCCUCGCGGGCCGCAAUCUCGACCUGCCGCCAUGGGACGCGUCCGACUUCCAGCGACCUCAGCCUCGGGAGUCGGAGUGGGCCCCGCUCAGGCUGUCCACCGGCCCAGCGCAUGCCCAGGGCCUGACGCUACACCACGUUGCGAUGGCCAGGGUGGGCGUCGCGCUGGUCGACUUCUUCAACUUCCUGUUCUGCAAGGGCUGGGGCGCGAACCAGGACGCGCAGGUCCUCGCUGGCUCGAUGUGCCUGGCGAAAUAG